GAUCCAGCCGCCGCCCUCACACAGGUGCCCACCCACGGCCGCCCGGUCCUUCAGACCUCGCAGAUGUCACCACGCUCAUGACAGUGAUUCACUGCUGAGAUAACACUGCCAUUUGGAACAAGGGAAGUAAAAUCUGCAGCUUUUCAUAUGCAUUUGUCACCUUUCAUUUCCAGCGAGCUUACAGGACUUGAUUCAGCUGCAACUAUUUGUUUUGUUGGCCCCUUUGUUUUUACCCUGUCCGAAGCCAGCAUGUCACUGACAACUGAGCCAACAAUAAAUACAUCCGUGCUGCAGAAAAUCGCUGCCGACAUGAGUAAUUUGAUAGAAAACCUGGACACGCGGGAGCUCCACUUUGAGGGAGAGGAGGUGGACUACGAAGUGUCUCCCAGCGAUCCCCAGACACAAGAAGUGUAUAUCCCUUUCUCUGCUGUUUAUAAGACUCAAGGAUUUAAGGAGCCUAACGUACAGCCAUACCUCUCUCGCUGUCCAAUAAGAGCCCAGGUCUUGGAAGUGGAGCGCUUUACGUCUACAACGAGGGCACGGUGUAUCAAUCUUUACACUAUUGAAUUAACCCAUGGGGAAUUUAAAUGGCAAGUUAAAAGGAAAUUCAAGCAUUUUCAAGAAUUUCACAGAGAACUGCUCAAGUACAAAGCCUUUAUCCGAAUCCCCAUUCCCACCAGAAGACACACAUUUAGAAGACAGAAUGUCAAAGAAGAGCCUCGGGAGAUGCCAAGCUUGCCCAGUUCCUCUGAAAACAUGAUGAAAGAGGAACAGUUCCUUGGCAGGAGGAAACAACUGGAAGAUUACUUGACAAAGCUACUAAAAAUGCCCAUGUACAGAAACUAUCAUGCAACAACAGAAUUUCUUGAUAUAAGCCAGCUGUCUUUCAUUCAUGACUUGGGACCAAAGGGCAUAGAAGGCAUGAUAAUGAAAAGAUCCGGAGGACACAGGAUACCUGGCUUGAAUUGCUGUGGUCAGGGAAGAGUCUGCUACCGGUGGUCAAGAAGGUGGUUGAUAGUGAAAGAUUCCUUUUUACUGUACAUGAAGCCAGACAAUGGAGCCAUCGCAUUCGUCCUGCUGGUGGAUAAAGAAUUCAGAAUUAAGGUGGGAAAGAAGGAGACAGACACGAAAUAUGGACUCCGAAUUGAUAACCUUUCAAGGACACUUAUUUUAAAAUGCAACAGCUAUAGACAUGCUCGGUUGUUGGCAGGAUCUAUAGAAGAAUUCAUCCAGAAAUAUGGCAGCAACUUUCUCAAAGAUCACCGAUUUGGGUCAUAUGCUACUCUCCAAGAGAACAUUUUAGCUAAAUGGUAUGUUAAUGCCAAAGGAUAUUUUGAAGAUAUUGCAAAUGCGAUGGAAGAGGCAAAAGAGGAGAUUUUUAUCACAGAUUGGUGGUUGAGUCCAGAAAUCUUCCUGAAACGCCCUGUGGUUGAAGGAAAUCGUUGGAGGUUGGACUGCAUUCUUAAACGAAAAGCGCAAGAGGGGGUGAGGAUCUUCAUAAUGCUCUACAAAGAGGUGGAACUUGCCCUUGGAAUAAACAGUGAAUACAGCAAGAGGACUUUAAUACGUCUACACCCCAACAUAAAGGUGAUGAGGCACCCAGAUCACGUGUCCUCCGCCGUAUAUCUGUGGGCUCAUCAUGAGAAACUUGUCAUCAUCGACCAGUCGGUGGCCUUUGUGGGUGGGAUCGAUCUGGCCUAUGGCAGGUGGGAUGACAAUGAGCACAGACUCACAGACGUGGGCAGCGUGAAGCGUGUCGUCUCUGGACCGUCGAUGUGCUCCCUCCCAUCUUCACAGGCUGAAAUGACAGGAUCUAUGGAAUCCUUAAGCCUCAAAGAUAAAAAGGAGUCUGCUAAAGAUCUGCCCAUCCUGAAGAGUGCUGAUGACAUGGAUUCAAAACUGAAAGGCAUAGGCAAACCCAGAAAGUUUUCCAAAUUCAGCCUCUACAGGCAGCUGCACAGGCACCACCUGCACGGCUCUGACAGCCUCAGCAGCAUCGACAGCGCCUCCAGUUAUUCUAAUCACUGUAGAAGUCGUCAGAAUUUAAUCCAUGGUCUAAAGCCCCACUUGAAACUCUUUCGCUCCUCCAAUGAUACUGAGGAGGGGCUCGCUAGACCUUCCGCAGACACGGGCUCAGUCCGCAGUUUGCAGACAGGUGUGGGAGAGCUCCAUGGGGAAACGCGGUUCUGGCAUGGAAAGGACUACUGCAAUUUCGUCUUCAAAGACUGGGUCCAGCUGGAUAAACCUUUUGCUGAUUUCAUUGACAGGUACUCCACCCCCCGGAUGCCAUGGCAUGACAUUGGCUGUGUGGUCCACGGGAAGGCGGCUCGUGAUGUGGCCCGUCACUUCAUCCAGCGCUGGAACUUCACAAAGAUUAUGAAACCAAAAUACCGGUCCCUGUCGUAUCCUUUUCUACUUCCAAAAUCUCACACGACAGCCCAUGAGCUGAGAUACCAAGUGCCUGAGUCCGUCCGUGCUAACGUGCAGUUGCUCCGCUCUGCCACUGAUUGGUCUGCUGGGAUAAAGUACCAUGAAGAGUCCAUCCACACUGCGUACGUCCACGUGAUAGAGAACAGCAAGCACUAUAUCUACAUAGAAAACCAGUUUUUUAUAAGCUGCGCGGAUGACAAGGUUGUGUUCAACAAGAUAGGCGACGCCAUUGCCCAGAGGAUCCUGAGAGCUUACAGGGAAGGCCGGAGGUACCGGGUGUACGUCGUGAUACCACUGCUGCCGGGGUUUGAAGGAGACAUUAAAACUGGUGGAGGAAACGCCCUCCAGGCGAUAAUGCACUUCAACUUCAGGACCAUGUGCAGAGGAGAAAAUUCCAUCCUUGGACAGUUAAAAGCAGAGCUUGGCAAUCAGUGGAUAAAUUAUAUAUCAUUCUGUGGUCUUAGAACACAUGCAGAGCUUGAAGGAAACCUAGUCACUGAACUCAUCUAUGUCCACAGCAAGUUGCUAAUUGCUGAUGACAACACUGUUAUCAUUGGCUCUGCCAACAUCAACGACCGAAGCAUGCUGGGAAAGCGAGACAGUGAGAUGGCAGUCAUUGUGCAGGACACCGAAAUGGUCCCUUCCGUGAUGGAUGGAGAAGAGUACCAGGCCGGCCAGUUUGCCCUGGGACUCCGGCUGCAGUGCUUUAGGGUUGUCCUUGGCUAUCUUUCUGACUCAAGUGAGGACAUUAAGGAUCCAGUGAGUGACAAAUUCUUCAAGGAGGUGUGGGUUUCAACAGCAGCUAGAAAUGCUACAAUUUAUGACAAGGUAUUCCGAUGCCUCCCCAAUGAUGAAGUGCAAACUUUUAUUCAGCUGAGAGACUUUAUAACCAAGCCCAUAUUGGCAAAGGAAGAUCCCAUUAGAGCUGAGGAGGAACUGAAAAAGAUUCGUGGGUUCUUGGUGCAAUUCCCCUUUAAUUUCUUGUCUGGAGAAAGCCUACUGCCUUCUGUUGGAACCAAAGAAGCCAUGGUGCCCAUGGAGGUUUGGACUUAAGAGUUAUCAGCUCAGAGACUUCCACCCCAAAGAGUACACUGUGCACAGUGACUUUCUGAAACCUGCCAGCCAAGAACAGCCUGAUGCACUCUUCUGUCCAACCCAUGGACCCUUUGGGUUGGUUGGGAAGGGCUGAAGUCACACUGAUGAAAGGACACUGAACAUCAUCAGGACUUUACAUUCCUCCUGCCUAUCCUUGUGAGAAAGGGACUGCAUUCUUAUUGGUAGCAUAUACUCAACAACUUGAACACAUACACAAAUUCCAUGAUGUACACCAAAGUGCAUUUCUUUUACUAACAAGAAUUUAGCUGUAACUGUGAUCUAGGUUGCCAAAAGUCAUCUGAACUUCCUUAUUCUUCUCUGACUUUCGUUUAUACAGCUAAUGUCUGCUGGACCUGCCCUCGUAGUCCAUACAGCACAGUUUGAGAUCUUGUUUAUUGUUAGAAGAUGUCAUGCUGCUGCUUCAAGGUGACGUGCAAUGCCCUUGCCCUUCUUGUCCUGAAGUGAUGACAACAACAGUGACUGACCACAUCACCCAAGCAAGGAUGUGGUCAUUAUUCCUUUUCAGCGACUGACAAGAUAGUAAAGGCUCUACACAGCAGCCCAUGUUAGGCAGUUCUGAUAACAUUGACACUCUAUAAUAUAUAUCUUGACACCACAGAGCAACAGGAAGGAAUUAAAUUCAGUUAUUGAGACAGAGAUUUCACUUUGCCUCUAAAGGCACUGACAAGAUGUGUCCUUCUGAUGAGGCCCGCCUGAUCAAAUUUGAAAAUAUGUGUAGGAUAUUUGAUUACACAGCAACCGAUAAAGCUCAAAGACAGAGCAUGCAGCCUUCAGAAACCUCCAGGUGUCAGUGGGGAUCUGAUCCAGAUAAGAAAAUAAGAUUCCUUAGAGUCCUGCAAAAUUUCCUGUCAUCCUUAGCUGCUGGAUUGAUUGAAAUUUGAGGUUUUUCUAUUUCAAAAUCAAAGCAGUGACUGCAAUUUGUCUUUCAAGAGAAUCAGAGGUUUCAUAACUCAUACCCAGUUAAUAAGUAUGGGCCCAGCCUUAUUUGACACUCAGCUCUCCAGCAGUAUUAUCUUCUUAAAGAAAAAUUGAUUGCAAAAAAUGUGCUAUUUCACUUGCAUUAUUAAAUAUACAUUAACAUUCCACCAGGGCUUCCAAAGAGGUUAGGAUAUGCAUUAAUUCAUACUGUUCUAGUCUGUGAAUUGUUCUGGAAACCUUUUUUUUUUUUCUUUCUUUCUUUUUGGACAUUACAGUGCCUUUUGGUACACCAAAGCUCUUAUUUUACUAAGCAAAACUAUUUUUAUAGCCAAAGAGCUAAUGUUGGCUCCCAAAAGGCCUAUAACACCUUGGGUAGGUGCAAUGUUUUCACGUCUAUGGAUUACCUGGACAGAAUCUCAUGUGGGUUGUUCUUCAAAGAAGCGAGGACCCGACCCCUGUCCAGUGGAAAAGGUUAAUUAGGGGCACAAGGUCAGUGAUCUGAGGAGAGGAUUUCACAGUUCUAGAACUUUUUGCAAAUGAGGCGGGACUGGGAUUAUGCAACCAACAAUGGAAAUGAGCAGGUUUUAUGAAUAAAUAACUUUUGUCUCAGCUAGCUCAUGAUCAUGGUAACAGGACUUCAUUCUUUAGCAGUUGUAAAUAAGACUUUUGUUAUUUAUGAAGGUUAGAUUGGCAUUUCAAGUGUAUGUGGAAUACCUAAGGAUUUCUUAUAUUCAUUUUUAAACAUUUUUAAAAAUCAUAGAACACUCAUCAAACUGGCUCUUGACUUUGUGCAAGAGUCUCCUUUAAAACCAUGAAAAUAAAAAAGAGCCUAAAAUGGCUCUUUGCCUUUAAAAAAUUACUUAAUUCUACCUCCCCUCAUUUUAUGGAUUAGGAAAUGGAGGCUUAGAGUGGUUGAGCUUAGAAAUCAUGAACCUGAAACUCAUAAAAUGUCUAGAGUUCACUAACGGCCUCUCCUCUCACUUUAUCAGAGAUGUCAGUAUACGGAUUUCAGAAAUCAAACAAGUGAAUGUAAUUUGAUAUUUCUAAGCAAUUUGGAAACCCUGUGAUAUUACAUAUUUAGAUUUUUGUCUGUAUUCCUCUACUAGAAUGUAAGUCCCCUGGGGCAGGGUCUUUCCUAUGUUUUAUUCAAUGUAUCCCCAGAGCCUAGAACAGUGCCUGGUACAUACAAGGUGCUCAAUAAAUGCUUGUUGGGUGAGUAAAA